UCCAAAGAUGAGCACGAAGGUUCUCCUGUUAAUUUUUUUGAGGUUCUUAGGCGAAGGAGUGAACGUUGAGAUGUCUGACCCUGCUGUAGAUAUAUACGACCUUUCGCAUCCAGUUUCGUGGAAAGAUUUGGUGAACAUCUACGAAGAGAUUAAUACAACGCAUAAACAAUGGCAGAUCUGCUUCAACUGCGGUUUCCCCGAAAUGGGCACUUCCAUCCACUAUCAAUACUACGGCUGGAAUGCCUUGAAGCCAGCAGUCAUACCAAUUCAUAACUUGCUGACCAGACUCAGAGUCAUAGACUUAAGCUCCAUCACGAAGAGCCAUCCAAAUCUCGUGCUCACCCUGCACGAGGCUCGCCGCUUUCUCACCGUGGAACAGGGACCAUUCCGGCCCACGAUUCUGUUGUUCAAGUUCGGAUGGCCGGAUCAUCCGUUGUAUGGUCUGAACUACAAAUGCUACUGUCAGAUGCCUGGAAUCAGCUUCGAUCUAGCGGCGUGGAUAGCCGUCAAUCUGAGCCACGUGGUGGGUGUGGCCACGGACGCGCCCAGUCUGGAGUCCGAGGAGACACGGAAUUCGACGGGUAAAACUGUGUCGGCUCUGUUUGGCAAAAGUGGAGUAUACAUGAUUGAAAAUGUGGAUGCGAGGAGGAAGAUACCAGAAAAGGGAUGCAUGGCGUUUGUUACGCCCACGAAACUGAUCGACGGGAACUUCGUGCCGGCCCGCUUUACUGCCUUCUGCCCGCGGCGUCACGCAGAUAGAGUGGAAAUAAUCAUGGCUCCUCGACGAGUAGGACCAAAUGUCGCGUAAACUAGCCAAUGAACACCCAUAAACCAGAAAUUGACGCCUAACUUACGCCCGAGUCUCCGGGUCCAAGAACAUUUAGUAACUGGAGACGCCUUGGUUGUCAUUUUCUGUAUAAAACAGUCUGCCGAUGUUUGCGGGGGAGGGGCACGUCAAAUGUAUGGCUAUUUGUACAUGAUUUGUUUUGUACGUAACGUACAAAUAGCCAUGUCAUAUAAACGUCAGUCCAUACAAAAGUUUGCAAAAUUGUGCAAGGUUUCCGGCAGAGGGGUAACCUCUUAAAGGCUACUCCAGUUAUUAAAUACUCUAAGCUCCGGGUUAUAUGCGUACACCGGCGCUUUCUGUAGAAAGACAGCAACGAAACCUUCUUAUACUUGUUAAAUCUAUACAACAUAAUAAUCCACAAAUAUAACAUGAAUAUUUAUAAA